AUACGAGCGCCGUUGGAGAUUGCUUUCCAGAAAUUUCUACAUCCAAUUCUCUCCGACGCCUUCCUCCCGAUCGAUUGAUUCUCGGGCUGACAGAUCCCAUCGGCUGCAGAGGAAGCUCCGAGAUCUCCAAUCGGUGCCGUUCAGAGCAGCAGACGAAUACUUCCGGCGGACCUCUCUCUCUCCCUACCUCUCAAUGUCAACGGCUCCGGCAUCGGCUUCCACCUCGUCCUCGUCUCAGUACUCCUACCAAAACGGGAGCUCCUACUUCCCCUUGCCCUUCCACCUCCAGCAGUCCGCACCGGCCACGACGCCGUACGUGGCGGCUGCUCCCCAGCUUGCCGCUGCUUCCGCGUAUCCCGCCCCCGUUUACCCCUCACCAGCGCCCGUCUCCGGAGUUUACACCCUGCCGCAGUAUCAGCAGGCGCAACAAUUAUUUCAAAAGGAUGCACAGACUAUUACACCUGAAGCUCUUGAGAGUGUGAAAGCUGCCCUUGCAAGCAGCGAAAUCGAGCACAAAGCUGAAACUAAGAAGAAAGCCGUACCUCGCAAAGCUGCUGGACAAUCCUGGGAGGAUCCGACACUGGCUGAAUGGCCUGAAAAUGAUUAUCGAUUGUUCUGUGGUGAUCUGGGGAAUGAGGUGAAUGAUGAUGUACUUUCAAAAGCUUUUUCAAGAUUUCCUUCCUUUAACAUGGCUAAGGUUGUCAGAGACAAGAGGACGGGGAAAACCAAAGGUUAUGGAUUUGUUAGCUUCGCCAACCCAUCUGACCUAGCCGCAGCUCUUAAAGAGAUGAAUGGUAAAUAUGUGGGGAAUCGCCCAAUCAAACUGCGAAAGAGCAACUGGAAGGAGAGGAUAGACUACGUGGCACUAGAGAGGCAGAAGAGCCACCCACAGAAGAAGCCGAAGCUUCAAAAGAAGGGCAUAUUCCACAAGUAGCUAACACAAACAAAGCUGUUAAUUGAUUAUAGAGAUGGAGGGCUACUCUUGGAGAUUAUUCAUGUAUUUCAUACUUUGUUUCUUCUGUGCGAGAAGGGUUCCUGCUUGGUAGGUAGUGAAGGUCAGUCGAUGGGGUCCGUAGAAUGUCCUUGAUGUUCUCAAAUGCUCUAUUGCCUCUCUUUUCUAUGAAACCUGUACAAUUGCUAUUUAGUAACAGAUAAUUCUUUUCAGUGA